AUGCCCUUCAACCGUCAUCGACCGCAAAUAUCGCGUUCUGACCCUACAAAUUCAGAAAAAUACUCGCUCACCCUAUCCAAACAUAGCUCUCUCAAAAGGCAGCUACUGAGCUCUAAAUCUGGAACGAAUGAGGUCCUCCAACUAGACGCAUUGCGGCAUAGUCUACAGUCGCAGAGCCACAACCCUCACCGGUAA